UGCCCGUUUUCAACAUGGCGCAGACGCCGUGCGGCGGCAACCAGCGGUGGCGACGGUGGGCGAGAAGUGAACGCACUCCGCGCUCCUUGUUGUAGUAGAACAAAAUGGAUGAACUCGCAGUCGAGGUAUGCGGCGAGAACGGAGCUUAUUACAAGGGAUAUGUCACUGGUAUCUAUGACGACUCGGUGUCAGUUGCAUUUGAAAAUGACUGGCAAUCGGAGUCCAAGUUUCCCUUCUCACAAGUCCGUUUACCUCCGAAGGAGGUUAAGGAUGUUGUGGAGAAACAAGAGGUGGAAGUAUUUUCAAGUGCCACAGAACAAGAGGUCUCAGGAUGGUGGAAAGCCAUUGUGAAAAUGACGAAGGGCGAUUUUCAUGUGGUAGAAUAUUUGGGAUGGGAUAAUACAUAUACAGAAAUUGUGCCUCUGGAUCGAGUCCGACCAAAGAACACCAAUCCUCCAAUUGAUCGGAAUACAUUUUGCAAAUUUGAGAUUUUAGUACCUGAAGAUCUGAGAGAGGCUGCUAAAAUGGAUGGAGCUCACAAAGAAUUCCAAAAAGCCAUUGGUGCUGCUAUAGUUAAGUUUGAAGCUGACACUGGUAACUUGGUGGUUUUAUCUCGAACUGAAGACUCAAGCAAGCGCUCAACACUUCUUCAAGAAAUGCAUUUUCGUAAUUUAAGUCAGAAAGUUUUGUUAUUGAAACGAACUGAAGAAGCAGCCAGGCAACUUGAAUCAACCAAACUGAACACCACGGGAGGCAAAUUUAGAGCAUCAAACUUAACGUAUCAACGUGUCUCAAACGAGGCAGGAAUGAGAGGCAAUGCGAGGUACUCUGAUGAGUUUGCCGUAAGAGAUGAUCUAAUGGGCUUGGCUAUUGGAGCUCAUGGUCAGAAUAUUCAGCAAGCAAGGAAGGUAGAUGGUAUUACUAACAUAGAACUUGAGGAAAAGUCCUGUACAUUUAAAAUUUAUGGUGAAUCAUCAGAUGCUGUUAAAAAAGCAAGAGGCAUGCUAGAAUAUGGUGAAGAAUCAAUCCAAGUUCCUCGAAUUCUUGUUGGGAAAGUCAUUGGCAAGAAUGGACGCAUAAUUCAGGAAAUAGUGGACAAAAGUGGUGUUGUAAGUAUUGUUCGAGUGAAGAUUGAAGGCGAUAAUGAACCAGAACCUACUAUUCCACGUGAGGAAGGGCAGGUUCCGUUUGUGUUUGUUGGUACUAUGGAGAGUAUAGCAAACGCCAAAGUUCUUCUGGAGUACCACCUAGCUCAUUUAAAGGAGGUAGAAGCACUGCGACAAGAGAAGCUGGAAAUAGACCAACAGCUGCGGAGUAUGCACGGGUCCAACAUGGGCUCCAUGCAGAGCUUCCCAGUGCAGCGGCGCAACGAUCGAGGCUACAGCUCAGACUUCGAGGGCAUGGGCCGAGGGGGCCGUGGCGGACCCAUGCGGAGUCGAGGGGGCGGUCCGGGCAGUGGCGGAGGCAGGGGCCGGGGGCUCGGCGGCCCGGGCAGGUACAACUCAGGAUCUCGACAUCACACACCAGACACGAUGGACGAGCGCAUCCGCGGCGCGGCGUACUCGCGGGGUUCCUACGGCGGCCCCAGAGGCUCGAGCGGCAACGGGCCGCAGAGCUAUAACCGGGACGGGCCCCCGAGACGCGACUACAAGAACGACCGGGACUUCAAGAACGACCGCGACUUCAAGAACGACCGGGGCGACAGAGACCACGAUAGAAACGCCAGAUCCGACCGAGGUUACUUUCAAGGCGGCCGCGGACCCGAGAGGGACAGAGACGACCGGCGGCCCAUCCCCAACACGCGGCGGCGCGACGACCGGAGGCGCGUGACGGACGACGACGACACGGUCAUGGACAGCCAGGAGGCCUCCAGUCUGGACAGAGAAUCUGUGUCUAGUAUGGACGGCGCGGGCCGACCAAGGCGUCGGCGGAGAAGGGGGGCAUUUAGCGGGAACGUUGGCCCACGAGAGUCGCGAGGCGGGCCGAGUUCGGGCCCAAAUGACACCAGUGGUCCCAAUGGGCCUCAGACUCACAGUGCAGACCCCAAGGUGGCCGAUGCUGGCCCAGGCUCAAGUGUUCCCCCUAGCAAGGGUGGGAACCAGCCUGUCACCUCCACUAAUGGAGCAGGCGGACCCAUACCAUCUGUGAACAUUGAAGCCUCCUCUUCCUCGGUGCUGUCAGGCGACCUCAACAGCAACCCCAAGCCUCCGAGGGAGCCGAAGGGCCGAGGCCCACGCCCGCCCCCUUCCAAGAGGGGUGGAGGCAACCCCGGCAGCUCCACCGGUAGCUCCAAUAGCUCAGGCAGUGGCGUAGCCUUACCCGACAACAAACAGGACAAGUCCAUGGUGAAUGGCACGUCAGCCUAGCACCACAGGCUCACAACCACAAUGUGGGAUUCAGCAUGGCAGGCCAUUUCAGCGCACUCUCUGUGACACAGCCACUAGUCAACAAGAUAAGUGGAGGCAUGCUUUGGCCUCAAGCAGCUCAUUUUCUUCCAAAUUUAUGGUCAACAACUUACAUUUUUUGUUUUUUUUGUGUGUUCUAAAUUUGAUGAGAAAAUGGGUCAGCAAAUUUAUUUUGUAGGUUUGGAAUUAAUAUAGUAAUGGCAGUUAAAAAUUGCAUUGUUGAAGAGCACUGCCUUUGCUGUGUCCAGUGAAUAAGUGCUGUUUUUUUGUUCCAUGUUUUUUUUUUUAAAUCUUGUCCUUUCUGGAGUGUUAUGGGUCUUGAUUUUGGACCAGUUCACUUUUCUAUCUCAAGUAUCCUAACGAGUGUUUGGUGAAUAAGGCUUGUACUUUCGUAAAUUAAAUGCAGACUAACCUAUUGCGGGAAACCAGUGAUGUUCUAAUCUCUGGUUUGUUUUAUAUUUAAAUUGUCCUGGUGGGUUACUUUCACCAACUCACCCAAGUCAGGAAAAAUAAUUUUGAGUCUGGCGUGGUUGCUUUGUGGAGUUAGCAUGUAUCAAGGAUGUAGUUCAAUUUGAUGGAGUGCGCUGGGACUGUUCUGUUUUGUUUUUUAAUUUAUUAUUGGCCUGGAUGGCUGUCCCGGUUUGUGUGUCAGUGCAUUUGUUUUCCUUGUUAUACACUUCUGCAAGCGUAAACAGUAGAUUUUCUGUCAAAUGUCACUAUUUUGGUGCCAAUGAUACACCUUUGUUCUCGAUUCUCAUAGUCAGAUAUUAAACAACUUUUGUUCUUUUCAGAAGUUGAAAUUAAUAGUGUUUUGUUUGUCUAGUUGAAGUAGCUUUGAUAUGUACUUCAGUUUUAAAUUGAAACCCAGUAUGGUGGAAUGGAUACUGCUUUUACUGUAAGCCGUUCAUGUUGGUCCAAGAGGAACUUUGUCUGAAUCAUAUCCUAGCCACUCACUCCAGGGUUGUACAUUGUUUCAGUGUGUUUCAUUAGUAGUAUUAGCCAACGUGCUCUAUUUAAGUCAUUAACAUUUGUUUUGUAAGAUACGUUUCAUCUGCUGUGAGUUGCUGCCUGUGAUUCCGACAUAGAUUUCCUUCCAUUAUUGUUGUUUUCACGUUUUCGUUUCAUCGGACUUUCAUGGACGCUGCUACGUAUCUGUUCAUCACUUAACUAUUAUGAUCUAUUUCCUUCUUAGCUUGAUAUAACUAUAUGUUUUGAGAUUUUCUAGACUUUUAGCCUGCAGGUUCAAAGUUUGUGAUGAUGCUAAGCCCUGAAUGUGUAAAAUGAUGGCAAUAAAAGUGUUGGUUUUUCACUUGUUGUGAUAACCAGCCAGCCAGACUGACUCUUGUCCCUGAAUGUAGUAUUUUAUUUCAUUGCAUUCGGCACGCUUUAACAAAUAGAGGAGUGUCAAAGAGCAAAAUUGUGACGAACUAUCAGCCCUUGUUGAGACUUAAUGGUGUCUGUAAUAAACUAUUCACUUACAUCUUUGUUUCUUAAAAAGCAACAUUGUAGUUUCUAUUGAGUUGUGCUUGUUAAAAAGAUUUGUACUGAUUGCUAUGUUUGCGUAAUUUAAGGAAUAAAACAUUUCUGUAUAUAAUGUCAAAA